UUAUUGUGAAAGACAUGAGUCGGAAGCGGAGUAUCUGUGCUGUGAAGAAGUAAAAGUAGAAAGAGGACGACGCUUUUGUUUUUGUACACGGUCCAAAGACAAAGAUGGCAUCAAGCGGUACGAGCGGUGCGGAAGAGCGGAGCCUCCUCGAGUGUGAGCAGUAUGUUCAGAAGCACAACAUCCAGCAGCUGCUCAAGGACUGCAUCAUCCAGCUGUGCACGUCCCGGCCUGAGCGGCCCAUGGCUUUCCUCAGAGAACACUUUGAAAGGCUGGAGAAGGAGGAGGCUAAGAAGAUGGCUUCACAGCAGAAGUCCAGCUCAUGGUCAGACUCCCGCGAGGAUGAAGUUUCUCCCCCGAUGAACCCUGUGGUGAGGGGUCGGAACCGCAGAGGAGCCAUCAGUGCUGAGGUGUACACUGAGGAAGAUGCCGCCUCCUACGUCAGAAAGGUUGUUCCUAAAGACUACAAGAGCAUGGCAGCUCUGGCCAAAGCCAUGGAGAAGAAUGUGCUGUUUGCCCAUUUGGAUGACAACGAGAGAAGUGACAUUUUUGACGCAAUGUUUUCUGUCAACUACAUUGCUGGAGAAACAGUCAUUCAACAAGGUGAUGAGGGUGACAACUUCUACGUCAUCGACCAGGGAGAGAUGGAUGUGUAUGUAAACAGUGAGUUGGUGACCAGUAUUGGUGAGGGAGGCAGUUUUGGAGAGCUGGCUCUCAUCUAUGGGACUCCCCGUGCAGCCUCAGUCCAGGCCAAGUCCGAUGUCAAGCUGUGGGGCAUCGACAGAGACAGUUACAGGAGGAUACUGAUGGGCAGCACUUUGAGAAAGCGCAAGAUGUAUGAGGAGUUCCUCAGCAAGGUGUCCAUUUUAGAGUCUCUGGAUAAGUGGGAGCGUCUGACCGUGGCCGACGCCUUGGAGACGGUGCAAUUUCAAGAUGGUCAGAAGAUUGUGGUGCAGGGAGAGCCUGGGGACGAGUUCUUCAUCAUCCUGGAGGGGACAGCAGCCGUGCUUCAGAGGCGGUCGGAGGAUGAAGAGUUUGUGGAGGUUGGAAGACUCGGACCAUCAGACUACUUUGGUGAGAUUGCCUUGCUCAUGAACCGGCCCCGCGCUGCUACCGUCGCAGCCUGUGGACCCUUGAAGUGUGUGAAACUGGACCGGCCCAGGUUCGAGCGAGUCCUGGGCCCCUGCUCUGACAUCCUGAAGAGAAACAUCGAGCAGUACAACAGCUUCGUGUCCCUCUCCGUCUGAGCUCCGAUCCGUCUCCUGCAGAGUCUGCUUCACAUGUAAACCACACCCACACCAUCACUUCUUCUGCUGUUUAUGUCCUAUUUUAUGUUGGGGUUUUUUUUUUAUGUGUGUACUCAGAGGCCUGAGAGAGGACACAGGUGAGUGUUACUGAUUGACCUGAAGCUAAAAUCCCAAUACUGAACAGGUGUUUGCAUACAGGUGGAAACAGAACAAUGGAAUAAAGUGUUUGCCUGAUUCAUUUGAAUAAGAGUGAACACAGCCAAAGCAAUGAGAGAGAACGCUUGUGUUUGUGUCAGAUAAACGCUUUAGACUGUGAUGGUGUUAACGAUGAUCACAUGUAACCUAAUUGGUUUUAUAGCAUCAAGUUAAAACACUUUAGUGGGAAUGAGACAAUACUGAUUCAGAUUAGGGCUGCAACACUUCAUCACUUAUUAAUCGAUUACUAAAUUCAUUGUCAACUCAUUUAAUAACCGAUGAAUUAGUGAGUGGUUGCAGCAUGAAGACCCUGCUUCCAUCCCCGGCAGGAACAAGGGUCUUUCUGCAUGGAGAUAGCAUGUUCUCCCCGUGUGUGUGUGGGUUUUCUCCGGGUCCUCCCACACUGCAAAAACAUGCAAUAUGCAAAAGUUGUUUGUUUAAUUUGAUAAUUGAAAAAACCAAAAAUGUUCAUGUAUGCAAACAUAAACGCUGUGUCCUCCUUCAGUCUCUCACUGGAAAUAUAAAGAUUUUCCACAGUCCACAGCAUGAUGAUCUUUUCCCUCAGUGGUUAUAUAACUCGCGUGCAUCAUAAUAGCUGUUCUUUAGCUCUGAUGAUCACCAGGGAACCUUUGUUUUUAAGCUUUGUUUGGGCUGCUGCUCUUUCCCUUUCAUCCACACCAGCAGAUGGCAGUGUUGGUCAGUUGGAGGCCACAGUGGCCCUGGCUGCAGUAACUCAGAAGCAUCGCCUGCAACAUUUUCCAUCAUUCUGUCAGAGCUGUGGUGAUCCUCUUGACAUCAGGUCAAAAAUAUUAUCUAUUACAUUUUAUUUAUGACCAAACACCAGCAGAUCUGAUGUCAUUCCAGACAGACGGACGACUCGUGAUAACAUGCUACACCCACAUUCAGGGUAUGUUAGCAUGCUGUCAUUAGCGAUUAGCUCAAAGUAUUGCUGUGCCUACGUCUGCAGCCUCUGUGGCUGUUUACACUUCACAGUCCUGGUUUGUUUGUUUAUUGGUUUUUAUGUAUUUAUAAAAAUCCGUUGUGCUGUUGUACUUUUUGAACACUGUGAUUCUCAUUCCUGUUUGUUAGCGCACACACACGCACAAACACACACACACAUCCACAGUCAUAUUUCACUCGCAUUUAUCCGCAGAGGUCUUAAGCUUACUCAAGCUUUUAUUUCAGUUUGAUGCUUCAUGGUCUGCCAUGUCUGUACUUCUUGUUUUGUCUCAGCCGGGUUUUCUAGAAGAAUGUUGAACAUUCUGGUCCCGAAAAUAAAUGUUUGAAUUUGGCAAAUUGUUUCAUAUCAACAUAACAAUUAGAAUCUCAACAAAUUGAAAUUAUUUCCAAGUAUUUGAAGAAAUACUUGGAGCUCGAGGUGCAACAGAUGACAGUAUUAUGAGGAGCAUACAGCCUCUGCACUGUAUGGUUUUAAUGGAGAGGAUUUCUUGAUGUUAGGAGUAAGGCCAUGAUCCUUUCUUAGCCCGAACCUGGUGCUUUUUCUACCUAAAACAUCAUCACCAUCAUUUCAGCCAAACAGCAUCAGGUUGAGAAGCACGUCUGUAACAAACAUGUAAAUAACAUCAUUGUGGUUCAGAAUGGUACAAUGGCAACAUCAUGUAUUUUAGUGGUUUCUUUUAUCUUAGUUUUCUUUCUGCUCUGUGUAAAACCUCAUGUUAACUUUUCUGUCUGCAUAUGUAAAUCUCUUCAACACAACGAUAUAUAUGACAAAUGACUAUAUUUUUUGCACAUUUUGUGAUGUACAAUAUUAUAGAAUCAGAAAUGAAAAAAAAGUUUUUAUGCUGUUAAAUAUGAUAUUGAGUGUAGUUGUGAUCGUUUCAAAGGAACAGCAGUCAGUACGUCUGUAUAUUCUGAGGUCAUUCGUCUUAAGUGUGUUCCAGUUUAAAACACAACUUUUCAAAUCCCAUAUUUGGUUGUUAUUUUUUUUCGAGCAUGUUUAUCAAGUCCAUUUGAUAAAUAUGUGGUGUUUUAUACGUAAACACCACAGCAACAUGUGCACAGACGCACAAUUGUGCGACUAAUUAAAUUGGAUCCGAGGUCAGGCAGCGCUAAUACCGUUGAUGUUCUGAGCAGCCAUUUUGAUUUGAAAACUCUGGGCAUGAGCAUUUCAUUAGUUCUUGAAAAUUCCAGAAAUGAACGACCUCUUAAUACAACUGGAACACGCCGUUAGUCCCGUGUACGGUUCAUGUGCCUGCUGAACACGCAGCCAUGUCUCUGGUUUGGUUUGUCUCGUUAGACUUGAGAACCACAGAGGACGAAGAGAGAGUCAAACCUUAGGUUCACUGUCGCUCAUGUUUGUCUCCGUUCUCUUCCAUCAUGGUCGUCCCUGUUUUACUGCCAUCAACCAAUUUAAGUGUUAAAUAUGGAAUAUAAAUAAGCUUGUGCUUCCCAAACCCGUUUGAGCUCAGAUGUAUGUGUAUGCAGUAUGUUUGUUUGGUAACAUGCAGAAAAUGAAGCUUUAAUGAUUUCUUUAGCGUCAGUUGUCACAGAUGUGGCCGUACGUUAGCUCGUCAUGUUUUAUAUCAGGAUUUGUGUCACUUUUAAAGGUUUGGGAAACUCAGAGUACAGUAGUUUGAUGCUGUUGAAAUGUAUGAAUAUUGCAAAUCAAAGUUGGUGUUCAUGUUAAAAAAAAAUCUAAUUUGGAUUCUUUUAGUUUUCUUACUGUGCGACUCGCCUCGGUUUAGUUAGCUUUCCCAUCUCUUCAUAGCACCGCCUCAACAUGGGCGGGGUUGUCAUAGCACGGCUGCGUUAAACUGCUGUGACUCCUCCGUUACAUAUUGAGAUUUUAGACAUUUCCUUUAAAUGUUGGAGAUUAAUGCUUUUUCACUGAUCUACAGUUCAGCAUAAUUCACUUUGAGUGACAGACAGACAGACAGACGUUAGGGAAUCUCGUGCUGAUUCAUUUUCGAGGCAAAGUUUUAACCAAAGUUUUUGAGCGAAUCAUUUAAAAAGGCUACAUUUGCAUCUGUGCAUUGACUCAGCAGAUGUUCACCUGUCUGUCCUGUUGAAACUCCCCUGUCCAAACACAUUCUCCACAGAUUUGACUUUGAAUCCUACUGUACAUACACAACGCUGUUGUUUUUGAGUGUGCUGUAUUUGACGUGUGCACAUACACGCAGUGUUUGUCACUGACUGUGACUCGUGUGUCACACCUGCUGUGGGUUGUCUUUUCUACACUUUUUAUGCUUUUUUCCACAGGUUGUGCUUUAAAUUUUAAUGUGUCGGAUUCUCUCCUUCCAGAACAUUCAAGCAAUAAACAGAUCAGUGUUUUCA